AUGACGUCGCCAGAAGAGCGUGCAUGCGUCGAAACUAUUCGUCGACAUGGACUGUCGAUCCGUUCCAUCGCUAAAGAGCUCGGACGCAACAAAAACGCCAUCGCUGGCUACCUUAAGAACCCUGAAGGCUAUGGAACACGUUUUCGGGGCAUUGCGAAGAUUGCUGUCGUUGGCAGGGAGUAUCGUCUGCUCAUCCGAGAGGCCUCCAACACUGGACAGUCUGUUCGAAGGCUCAAAACCGACCUCAACAUUGAUGCGUCCCUGCGAACAAUACAACGAAGACUCAAGGAAGCACCUACAGUGACCUACGAAAAGAGGAAGCACACUCCGAUGCUAGGCAAGGUUCACAUGCAAAAACGAGUCAAGUAUGCUCAAGGCAACCUCCGAGAGCCAACCAAUUGGACUGAAAUCAUUUCGUCUGACGAGAAGAAAUUUAAUCUCGACGGUCCACUCGAUAAGCAUUUGGCGGCGUAUGAAGAUUGGAAGUCUCAAGACAAAGCUCGACUCGUCGAAGCCCAGGAAGAAGCUGAUCUGAUUGACAACAUGGGCGUCACCAUACGUGAAGAAGCAUUGCAGGCAUUGGGUAAGCGCAAGUCGGCAGCAAUGGAUGGUGAUGGUACAGGUGCCGGGUGCGGAUCUGGUGGUGGCGUCGUCAUGAAGAUGAUGAAAAUGUUGCACGAUGACAGUACUGCUGACCUCGAAUUUCGCAAGCACCAGUACGCAAUGGAUUUGAAGGAGCGGGAAACUGUGCGCGUCAUGGACAUGAAACCUUUGUGGCAACUUGCAAUCCAAGAACCAUAA